GUUUUGUUAUUGAAGGAAGUGAAAAUGGCCGCUCAGUCUUUUCUCUCCGAGUCAGCUCUCGGUUGGUCUAUUUUCACCUUUAUACUUUUGGUCAUCCUUGCUUUCUGUUGGGUCUACAUCCGUAAAUUUCAAAGUCGCCAGGAGAGUGAAGUUGUUUCAACCAUCACAGCAAUAUGUGCACUGGCUAUUGCGUUGAUAACUUCAGCACUUCUUCCUGUGGAUAUAUUCCUCGUCUCCUUCAUGAAGUACCCAAAUGGCACCUAUAAGGAUUGGGCUAUAAACAAUGAGACAAGAGCACAGAUUGAAGAUACUGUCCUGUAUGGAUAUUACGCACUUUACUCCAUCAUCCUCUUCUGUGUGUUUCUGUGGAUACCUUUCGUUUAUUUCUACUAUGAAGAAAGAGAUGAUGACAAUGUCAACAAAUGCUCGCAAGUCAAAAACGCUGUGAAGUACACAAGUGGAUUUGUCAUUGUCUGUGUGGUGCUGCUAUUAAUUGGAGCAUUUGUUCCACUCGAGGCUCCACCACGACAGAAUGCCACGCAGUGGGAGAAAGUUCAAUACCUUUUUGAGGAGCUUGGCAGCGGUCAUGGCCUACCUGCUCUGGCUUUCUCCAUCAGCUCCUUAACAUUGAUUGGGAUGCUGGCAGUGAUCACCUACACAGCAUACGGUAUGUCUGUACUGCCUUUGAAUCUGAUAAAAGGCACACGGAGUGUGGCGUAUGAACGCUUGGAGAACACAGAAGACAUUGAUGAUGUCGAGCAUCAGAUCGAGAAGCUGAAAUCCAAGUGUCAAGAUGGACGCCCCUUGUCAUCACAGGACAGACACAACUUGCAGGAACUCGAAGGAAAGCUGCAGGUCCUACAACGAAGAGGGAGGCACCUGGAAAUUGCAGAGAGGAACUGCUGCAACAAAGUGGGCAGUGCUCUCAGACCUUUCAAGAUUAUACUUGGCAGUUUCUUCAUCCUGGUUGCUCUUCUGUUUUCUGUUGCACUGUUCAUUUCAAAUUUGGAUAAAGCUCUCCACUCUGCUGGCAUCAGCUCUGGGUUCAUAAUAUUUGGCACCAAUCUAACCAAUCCUUUGAAUGAACUUCUAUUAGCCUUACAGCCUGUUUUUCCAUUGGAUUACAUCCUGAUUACAGUCAUCACAAUGUAUUUUGUACUCACAUCCAUGGCGGGUAUUCGCAACAUGGGCAUCUGGUUCUUCUGGAUAAGGCUGUACAAAAUUAGACCUAAAAGAACCCGUCCCCAGGCUCUCCUCUUCCUCUGCAUGAUUUUGCUUUUGAUUGUGCUCCAUACCAGCUACAUGAUCUACAGUCUUGCCCCUCAGUACGUCAUGUAUGGCAGCCAGAAAUAUCUUAUACAGAGUCCUUCAUCAGGCCUUACGUCGGGGAACUCUUCAUUUGGCACCACCAGGGUCUGUGAUGCCAACGCGCCUGAGGAUCAGUGCAUUGUGACCAGGACAUAUCUUUUCCUCCAUAAGUUUUGGUUCUUCAGUACCAUCUACUACUUUGGAAACUGGGCCUUUAUUGGGGCUUUCCUCAUCGGCCUGGUGGUGUCAUGCUGCAGAGGGAAGAAAUCUGUGAUUGAAGGCGAGGUGGAGGCCGAUGACUCAGACGUCAGCGAUGAUGAAUAUGUGCACUGAGGUUCGGAGAUCUGCUCCUAGACAACGUGGCUGACAGUGUUGGGAUUCUAAGAACGUCCACCAAGGCAAUGUGCACAGACAACCUUAAGAAUUAAGGCAAAACUUACAUGCAAAUUACAUUUGACAUUUGCUGAGUACUUUCUAGAGCAGGGCUGCCCAAACGUUUGCAGCUCAAGACCCAAAGUUUGAUACCUUCUAAGUAUCCAAACAUAUUGCCAUAACCUCGAAAUAAACGAAUGAUAAAGACAAGAAUUACAUCAAAAUCAAAAAGCCAUUUGCCAAAAACAUUUAUGCCUGCUUCCAGUUUACAUUGUUUUACUCUGACAAUUGGCAACCCCCCAAAAAUUACCCAUCUUGCAUCCCAAUCCUCAGUUUAGAAAACCAUGCCCUAGACCCUUAAAAUGGCUGGCCAUCUGCUCUAAUAUUCCUUUUAGUUGGCUUUUGUGCGAGCUACUGUAUGAACCUAAAUUCAUGUUUUUUUAAUCUGCCAUUUAAAUUAAAUGCUGUACAUUACUAUUUCAUUUCCCGCUUGUUCCCACCCACCCUCUUUAAAUGUUCAAAUGACGUGUUACUGAACGUGUUUAGCUGACCCUUAAGUGUUUUCACAUCACAUUUCAUUCAAUGUUCUCAUGAAAAGGGUACAUAAGGGUUUGCUGUCUGUAUUGUAAGGACAUGGGAAAAAAAUAUAAUGAAUAAUCAGUUAGGUUUAUGAGAACCACUUCCAUUUUUUUUAAGUGCUUGUGACGGGCACAUCAUUUUUUUGCUAUUCUUGUUUCUAAUUAUUAUCAUUAUAUUAUUAAUUUCAAAGAGAGUACAACUUUCUGAUUUAAAGAUAGUUAUGCUAACUGAUUGGCACUAUGAAUAUAUAUAGGAGUUGUCUUUUUUUCAAAUAAUGGUGGUGCCUCAUGAAUAUAUAUUAGCCUGUUGUUCAUUGAGGUGCUGCAAUUGCCUGCUGUGAUGAGUGGUACCAAAUAACUUUAUGUCCGCUAUUGAAUGGUACAUGUAUUUAAAGAAAUAAAUAACUUCAAAUAUG